UUCUUUGCCUUAGGGCUUCAAGGAGAGCGGAGCGGAGCGCAGGUGGAGGACGGCGGAUAGGAUGGCUCUGCGCUUGGCGCCCCUCUUGCUUCUGGUGCGGCUGGCGGUAGGCUUCCCGGAGAGCGGCUUCGGCUCUUUGCAUUCAUUGAAGCAUUUCUCCACCUGCACCUCGGACCCCAGUCAGGGGCAACCCCACUUCUUUUACCUGGGGUACAUAGACGACCAGGUCUUUCUUCACUAUGAGAGCAACAGCCAGGAAAUGCAGGCUCGAGUCCCCUGGGUGAAGAAGGCAAAGGAGGAGAAUCCCCAGCUUUGGAGCAAUGCAACCCAGAGAGUCCGUGAUAGUGAGGACCUGAACAGAGCAAAACUGGAGUUUCUGGGUAGUGGCUACAAUCAGAGCAAAGGCUUUCACACGCUGCAGUGGAUGUUUGGCUGUGAGCUCCGGGGUGAUGGAAGCAAAGAAGGGUUUCUGCAGUAUGGCUACGACGGGAGGACCUUUAUCACCUUCGACAAGAAGACCCUCACCUGGGUGGCUCACCAGCCCCUGGCUGAGAUCGUCAAGAGGAAAUGGGAUGAUAGUGCAGGACCUAAUCAGAAAUGGAAAUCCUACCUGGAGGAGGAAUGCAUUCAGUGGCUCCAGAAUAUCCUGUCCUAUGGGAGGAUGUUGCUGCUGAGGACAGAGCCCCCAGAGGCAACGCUGGUGAGAGGCAAGACAGAGGUGGAGGAUGGGAUGGAGACGCACAUCUGCCGCCUGGAUGGCUUCUACCCCAGGGAGAUCGAUGCCUUCUGCAUGAGGGAUGGGGAGAUCUGGCUGCAGGACACUUUCCAUGGGUCUGUGGCCCCCAACGCGGAUGGGACCUACCACUACUGGCUCAGCAUCCGGAUCGACCCCAAAGACAGAGGCCGCUAUCGGUGCCAUGUGGACCACAACGGCCUGCAGGAGCCUCUGGACCUGGACCUGGAAG